CUUAGAGCUUCCUCUUACAAAAAAAUACGGACGAUGGAUAUUCGAUCGUAGACCGUCAAUCAAACACAAUCUGUCAUCGUCACUUGUCAACCAUCCCCAUCCGAAAAGCUCUCGAUUUUCUGAUGGACGUCGCAUCUCCAUCAAAUCAUAGGUGAGAAAUAUGGGAAGAAGUACCGAUGAACGCAAUGUUGCACAAACAAGCGAGAAUGUUGCCACCUCCGGAGAGAACGACAUAGCAACUACCAAUAACCWCAACAACCACACGAUGGCACGUCAACCGCAACUCACAUCCACAACGAAAAAAGUCUCGCUGCACCUUUCGAAAGAGCUUCGAGAAUUCUACAAAAGCCACGACAUUGAUUUGACGAAACUAGCCGACGGUGCCGACUUUCCGUACCGCUACGUCCGACUCAAUCCACGUUACGACAGAAYACAAACCCUAGAGAUGCUUCGAAAAGAGGUGCGAAAGCUUCGRGACAACAACAGCCACGGCUGCGGGGACGGAUCCGAUUGCAAUAAGGACAAGGWCACAACUUCCACCCAAAAUUCGAGCGGUGUCAAGGGUGUACCGUGGCUGGAAUCGCUCUGGGGCUUUUUUGCAAUCCCCGCGAGCUUUCGGCUCUCCGCCUCGCAUUGCUUUCGGACGGGGCGAAUUUAUGGGAUGGAUGUCAGCUCUGGAGCUGGGGUCGCUGUUUUGCUGACAGACCACCAUGAUAAAAUCACUACUGUCUAUCCCGAUUCUUCUUGCAGUGAUUUAAGUGGAAAGCUGAGGACUACAGAAGAACGAGCAAAUAACUGGAAUGCUAACAAAAACGACACAAAUGGUGAUAAGAAUAGAGAAGUGCGUAUUUUGGAUUUGUGUUGUUCUCCCGGACUAAAACUCCUUCAAAUGGCUGAUUUCUUCCACGGAAAAGAUUUCAUCAACUCUAGAGUCGAUGGUGAUGCCGAAGAUGGUAUUUGCGUUGRUGGCGUCGGCCAGAAACAACGAUCUGUCAAAGUCGUUGGUGUGGACAUUUCCAAGCAUCGAUUAGACAUAUGUAAAACCAUAGUCAACAAAUACUUCAUCGACCCGGAAACGUCGGGAUCAGGAGAAAGAAGCAAGAAAUCCUUACCGGCAAACGUGAAAAUCCAGCUUUAUAACGAAGACGGAACCUUGUUUGGAACGAAAGGCAGCAGAGAUGGCAGAAACCUGAUAUUUGAUUCAACGGUGGCCACCGAAGAAAUGAUGCAGCGCGGAGGAAAACGCAAACGAAUGAACAAAAGUGCGCGGGCACGAGAAAAGAAACGACUGCGGGAGAUCGCAUUCCUGGAGUGCGUGUCGGCCACGAGUGAUGGAAACGACUCGCACAAUCCACCGGAUGCMGACCACACCAAUAGCAACACGGAUGCUCAAKAUGUAUGCAUCGAUGGCUUUGAUUAUGUUUUGGUAGAUGCAGAGUGCAGCACGGAUGGCUCUUUCAAGCACGUGAAGGAACGAAUCAAGGGGUCAUCRGGUGGUCAUUACCGAGAAGAAAACACGAUGCUGACAGACCCUGCCAAGCUUGCAGAAUUAGUCGAUUUGCAAAGAAAGCUGGUCGCUUCUGGCUUUAGAUUGCUGAAAGACGGGGGAACACUCGUGUAUUCGACGUGCUCGCUAUCCGAGGAUCAGAACGAGAAGGUCGUUAAGUGGUUGCUUGAGACCAAUGAGGAUGCCUUCCUCAUACCCGUUCAUUUCCCUUCCAUAAAAACCACGAAAUUCGUCACGGACGGCACGCUGACAGGGACCGUUCGCUUUUAUCCAAACUUGCUUCACAACCCCGGUUCCUCGGAGGCGCUCUGGGGCGACGGUUUCUUCGUGGCAAAACUCGGGAAAAGAACCAAACGCAUUAAGAAAUAGCAACAGAAUGUCCUACUUUUGGGUUUUUGCAGCAUUUCAUUUU